CAGACCGAAAGGAGCACGAGGAGAGACAAUAGAAAAAAUGUCACUGGUAGACUACGCUUCAUCGGACGAAGACGUGCCGGCGGCGGUGGAGGAGGAGAAGGAGGAUAAUCGUAAUCAGUCGGAAAACCACACAGUUACAGAGCCUCAACUCCCCAAGUACGAGCCGAGGCCUCAAUCUCCUCCGGUCAACCAGCCCAUUGUUAAGCCAAAUCAACAGUUUGAAACUAAUGAGGAGUCUUCUUCUGUGCCUUGGGUUGAGCUUCCUGAUGCUUCUUUACUCUUGAAUUCUCAAACAUCUUCUAGUCUUUUUAGUGGUAGCGAUCACUCUUCUCGAGUAGCAGCGGCUAUGGCUGCCAAUGCAUCUCGCAAGAGAGAAACAAAUGUUUUAGGAUCUUCUCUUCCUAGAAGUAAAGUUCCAAGAUCGAGCUUGCCUCACUCUAAGAAUGUUCCGGAUACUUCAGGGACUUUGUUGGUUCCGCCUCAGCUUACUGGAAGGAGUAACAUUGUCACUGAAGAUAUAAGCAAGCUGUUCGUGAAGAAGUCAGCCAAACCACCCUCGUAAUGAUAAUGCAAUGGCCGAAUUCAGGAAUUGUAAUGAUCUGUGGAUUGCGUGCGGUACGUGAACUUUUUCCCCCUCUAGUAGUAAUUAAUGUGGCACACUUUCGCUCA